GGGGAUUGUACAUUAUGGUGACGAGGAAGUUAGUUGUCUGAAGUAACGUGAACGAUUCUUGCAGUUUAAUGCAGCCUUUUGUGGGAAAAUUCUCCGCUUGUGAAUUCAGAUUGACUUUAACUUGGCCUAGAAAUAGGCUAUCUGUUUUAGAAAGCAUUACGUUACAUGAAGAAGUUUAGCGCUGUGUAUUUUAGGCGCAUCCUGCGUGGUUUAGUGGUUAAAACUGUUUUCGAUAGGCUUCACGCGCCAUGCAGCCUCACGUACACGUUUAAAUUGAAUGUAAUGUGUUUUUGGCUAAUAUUUGAUGUUACCGUGAUGGGCAACGUUAUGUGUGCGACGAUUCUAAUCCAAAAGACUGGUUCCGGCUUCGGUUUCUUCGACUUUCUUUAAAAACACGAGAUUGCAGCGUUCCUUGGAAGAUGUCCUGGGAUGAGCUGGAAGCCCUCUGUCGCAGAGAAAGACUCCACUGUAAACAGCUGGGGGUGAACAGAACCAAUCCCAAUGAGUAUGAUGUGGAAUUCCUCUGCGACUACAAGAAGACCAAGGAGGAGGAGUUGUACCUGGUAAAGUGGAGGGGCUUUCCAGAGUCUGAUAACACCUGGGAACCUAAAAGGAACCUCAAAUGCCCCAAACUGAUGAAGCAGUUCCACCGGGACUUGGAGCAGGAGCUGAGGCGCCACAAGAGACGCUGCACCCCUAAAAGACUGGAUAAGGAAGUUGCCUUGUACCUGGUCCAAAAAGCCAAACUCCGUCAGAUUUUGCAGCGCUGGGAGGCCCAUUUGAACCAGACACGCAACCACCCAGGUCGCAUUUUUGUCCUUAACGAAGUGGACUUUGAGGGCCCCCCAAAAAACUUCACCUACAUCAACAACUACAAAGUAGGCCAGGGCAUCGUGUUAGAUGAGAUGGCCGUGGGCUGUGAGUGUAAGAACUGUUUAGAGGAGCCGAUAAAUGGCUGCUGCCCUGGGGCCUCCCUGCACCGCAUGGCCUACAAUGACAAGGGGCAGGUCCGCAUCCGGCCGGGACAGCCCAUUUACGAGUGUAACUCUCGUUGCAGCUGUAGCCUCGAUUGUCCGAACAGAGUGGUGCAGAAGGGCAUCCAGUUCGACCUGUGCAUCUUUAAGACGGAGAACGGCCGGGGGUGGGGUGUUCGCACGCUGCAACAUAUCAAGAAGAACACAUUCAUCAUGGAGUACGUGGGAGAGAUCAUCACGACGGAUGAAGCAGAGAGGAGGGGUCAUGUGUACGACCGUCAGGGCUCUACGUACCUGUUUGACCUGGACUACGUGGAGGACGUGUACACAGUGGAUGCGGCUCACCAUGGCAACAUCUCCCACUUUGUCAACCACAGCUGUAACCCCAACCUGCAGGUAUAUAAUGUGUUCAUCGACAACAUUGAUGAGAGACUCCCAAGAAUUGCCCUAUUUUCAACACGGGCUAUUCGGGCAGGAGAAGAGCUCACCUUUGACUACAAAAUGCAAAUUGACCCGGUCGAUACAGAAAGCACCAAAAUGGACUCCAGUUUCAGUCUCGCGGGGCUCCCAAGCUCUCCGAAGAAGCGGAUUCGAGUGGAGUGCCGGUGUGGAUCGGACUCAUGUCGAAAAUACCUGUUCUGACAAAGGACUGCUGGGAACGCAACACUGACCACAGUGGCAAGAUGAGGAACCUUGUACAGAUUUGUAUAUGAAUAAUUUUUUUGUUUAUGAAAGCUGAAAUACACCCUCAACAUUUUAUACGUGAACAUAUGACAAACUCUUACCAAGAUGAAAACCACAAUCUAGAAUUUCACAUCUGUGAUUUCCUUGAACAGAGCUGCUCUGUUUCCACUGAAUUGAACGCUGCUUCAGUGGAUUAUUUGAGUACUUGAUUGCAGUGAUUUUAAAUAUCUUUCUAUAAUUAAGAUAAGCAUGUCUAUUUGCCCAUCCCUACAGAGGGCAGUACACAGAAUGAACGGAUAUUUACUUUUUGAGUAAAUCAUAUUCUGUGCUCGCUUUCUCUGUGCUGUGAAAAUGUAUUCUACAAGGACAUUAAACUGGUAACUGCCCAAGCCUGUUCAUCACUGUUCAAUGAUAAUUCUGGUUUAUUUUAGCUUGUUUUUUAUAUUUUUAUUUUGCCCAUACCGAUGUCAACCUUGUUCUCACCAAGUUAAUAGCUGAGCUCUGGGAACACAGACACAUCACUAAAAAGAAGUAGUAGUAGGUUAGAGUUAGGAGUAGGUUAAUUCAAACUUAUUUUAGAAGAGGAAAAAGGUGAACAGUAAAGUUAUGACUCAAACUGUUUUAAACCUAUCACAGCUUACAGACCUACUGUGCUUACUGUAGUUUACUGUAGAAUAAGGAAUUAUUUAGUCUGGCUAUCACCAGACCAAGCUCAAUCUUUUAAGACUGAACAUUAGUCUGGGGGAGCAAUGUUACUAAAUUCUCCCGUCCAGUUUGAGCUUUAAAGAAAGCGAUCGUCGCUUUGAUUCCAACCUGUCUUGACUGCUGGGCUCUAUUAACUUGGUGAGUGCAAACUGGUAGAAAAUGAUGGACAAAAGUACGAAAAUUUAGAUCAAAGUUGUAAUAAACCGGAAUACAAUUUUAAACUUGUAUAGUUGUAUUGGUCCACUUCCCCCCCGCAGACAUUGCUGUAGCAACCGGUGUUGAUUGUCUUGAAACUCGGCAGUAAAGGACUUCUUUGUAUUUUUCUUUGUACUUCUUAAUUAUUAAAUGGCCAUACAGUUGUCACGAAAGGCUCCGGGCAGUCACCACAUUUUACUAAGACUACUGGAACUGAAAAGCAACCAUAGCACCAGUGCCGGUUUUUGGUUUUUGCUCAUACAAAUUGAACAAGUUUUGGUUCCUGUACUGCAAAUUGUAGUCCCAAUUUGAGCGUGUCAUCAGCAUACGUACAGUAUAUCCCCAAUUGUCCCCCAUGAAAAUUGUCCCUUAUAUGAGAGACUCUGUGUCUUUGAAGUCAGUAGGUAAAACUAUCUGCAUGGCCAAACACCACCAGGGAUAAGUAAGAGAAUGUUUUUAUUUUUUUCUGAUUUAUGGUGAACUGAUUUUUAAGUGACAAAAGGGUGGGGGGAGGGGUUACUUUUUCUAUUAACUUUCCUUCUGUCACUCUUGUGACUCUGUACAAUAUUUUGUGGUCAAAUAGGUGAUUCUUUUACAGUGUGUGUAUAUUUAAACAUUUUAGUUCUUAGAAUUCCAGUGACUUUCUUACAGGUAAAGAACAAAAACCAUGCAAAUAAAUAGCUUUAAAGUUAA